AAACCCAACACCACCAAAGCAUUCCCAACGAAAGAGUCUCUCUCACUCCUCAGUCCUCCACACAGACAGCGAUGGAGCCGAGCAUGGCGCCGCGGAGGCUAUGGCACGUGGUGCGCGCCGUGCUGUUCAUGCUCCGCAAGGGCAUGUCCAAGCGGAAGCUGUCCAUGGAUCUCCAGCUCCUCCUCCACCGCGGCAAGAUCGCCGGCAAGGCCCUCAGCAGGCUCAUGAGCGCCAACGGGCACCACGACCAGGCCGCGUCCAGGUCAGCAGCGGAGGCGCCGCCGCCGACGUCGCUGUCGCGCCGCGCCCUCGACCCCGCGCUCGCCUACGACACGCGCGGCGCCGGCCGCGAGGUGGAGUUCAGCUGCAGCAACACCCCGUCCUACCCAUCCAUCCAACUCAUCCCCACCAAGCGUCGCCGCCGCAACAACAACCGCCGCACGCACCGCGGCGCCAACGGCGCGGAGCCAGGAUGGUACAACUACGACGCGGCCGACAUUGCCAAGGUCUUCGAGGUCCUCAACGACGAGCAGCUGCUGAACGAGGUCGUCGGCGACGGCGGUGCGGCGGCCCUCGCAGUGCUGGCGACGCCGUCCCCCGCGCUGUGGUCGAGCUUCGGCCGCAGCCCGGCGCCGGUGAGGCAGCUGCGGAUCACCGACUCGCCGUUCCCGCUGAGGGACGACGCGGCGGAUCUGGAGGGCGGGCUGGUGGACCGGGAGGCCGACGAGUUCAUCAAGAAGUUCUACGACCAGCUGCGCAGGCAGCAGAACCUCGCCGCCGCCACCCCGGAGUACGGCUACGCGGGUCCGGCUGCCGGCGUCGCGUACUAGGAGCUUAGCUGCCUGCCUACGUGCCGACCAAAGCGUCCAUAUAGGUGUUAGCUACUUCCCGCGCGCAUGCAUGUGUUUUACAGUAAUUUGUUCCAAGUGUGAAGUGUGAACCUACUCUGGCUCCAGUACGUAUAUGUUUGUGAUCUUGUGCAUAGAUCAAGCAUGUUUGUACGUAGAGAGCUUAAUUGCAGUACUACUCUAAUAAGUUUCUUGGAGCUGUGAGAUUUUUCGUGUUUAA